AUGUCACAAGAAGAAGCAGAGUCCAGUGUAGUCUAUGAGGAACCCAUUGAUAUUCCCUUGGAGGACGAUGACGAUGACGAUGACGAUGAAGACGAAAUGGAAGAAGAAGAAAAUAACGUACCUUUAAGCAGCCAGGCGGACCAGGACAACGAUUCAGAUGAUAGUGCUGAUAACGGAAUUGGGUCUGAGACGCCCGGAAGUGUCAUGGGCCUUUCCGCUGACCCAAGAGAUGUUGCAGAAGAAGAAGAUGAUGAAGAAGAAGGGGAAGAUGAGGAGGAAGAGGAAGAGGACAAUGACGAUGACGAAGAAAAUGAUAAUGACAAUGCCGACGGCAAUGACAACGAAAAUGAAUUAGGGAGUUCUAAGUCUGAGAGGGGGGAACCUGGUGUUCAAACCAGUAAAAGGUAUAAGAAAUAUCCCAAGCUAGACCCUGCAAAGGCUCCUCCGGGGAAAAAAGUUCCGCUGCAUCUACUAGAGAAAAGAAGACUAGGCCGUAUUAAAGCUGCUGAAGAAUUUGCCAAAACGCUGAAAAAAAUCGGGAUCGAGAAGGUAGAGGCGACCACUUUACCUGCAACAGGCUUAUUUCAGCCCUUAAUGCUAAUUAACCAGAAAAACUAUUCAUCGGAUUACUUGAAAAAAGAUGAUCAAAUAUUUGCCCUUAGAGAUAGAAAAUUCUUGAGAAAUAAUAAUACUACUCAAGUUUCUAGUACCAACACUCCUGAUGUUGUAGAUUUGAAAAACUUGUCCCAUACAGAGCCAAGUACGGCUCCACUUAAUGACGAAAUAGAUCUAAACGACCCAACCGCAACUAUAGUAAUACAUCCUGGUUCCAAUUCCAUAAAAAUAGGUUUUCCUAAAGAUGAACAUCCUAUAAUAGUCCCAAAUUGCGUAGCGGUACCUAAAAAAUGGUUGAACCUCGGAAAUGGUCCAAAUGAAGAUAACAUUUCUUUACAAAGAGAGCAAUCUGAUGAGUUUGAAAAUAUCAAGUCAGAAAUGGAAAAGAACUUCAGAGAACGAAUGAGAUAUUACAAAAGAAAAGUCCCCGGUAAUGCUCAUGAACAAGUGGUUUCCUUUAAUGAAAACUCCAAACCAGAAAUUAUUUCAGAAAAAAAUGAUCCGUCUCCCAUAGAAUGGAUCUUUGAUGACUCUAAACUAUACUAUGGCUCAGACGCAUUAAGAUGCGUGGACGAAAAAUUUGUUGUUAGGAAACCAUUUCAGGGCGGCUCUUUCAACAUCAACUCGCCAUAUUAUGAAUCGUUGGCAGAAUUAAUUUCAGAUGUUACAAAACUUUUGGAAUAUGCUCUUGCUUCAGAAACUCUGAACGUGAAAUCUACCAAAUUCAAUCAGUACAAAGUUGUGUUGGUAAUACCAGACGUAUUCAAGAAAAAUCAUGUAGAGACUUUCAUCAGAGUUCUACUUACCGAAUUGCAGUUCCAAGCUGUUGCGGUUAUUCAAGAGUCGCUAGCAACUUGCUAUGGUGCCGGGAUCAGCACUUCCACAUGCGUAGUGAACAUAGGUGCCACUGAGACAAGGAUUGCUUGUGUUGAUGAAGGGACGGUUCUGGAGCAUAGUGCAGUUACCCUAAAUUACGGUGGAGAUGACAUUACAAGACUGUUUGCCCUGUUGUUAUUACAGAGUGACUUUCCCUUACAAGAUUGGAAGAUCGAUACUAAGCACGGCUGGCUUCUUGCCGAACAAUUGAAGAAAAAUUUUACCACUUUUCAAGAUGCUGAUAUAGCAGUGCAGUUAUAUAAUUUCAUUAACCGUUCGCCCAAUCAACCGAGUGAAAAAUACGAGUUCAAAUUAUUCGACGAGGUCAUGCUAGCCCCACUAGCUUUAUUUUUUCCGCAAAUUUUCAAGUUGAUACGAAGUUCAUCUGGCAAAAAUUCUAACCUUGAAUUUCAAUUGCCUGAAUCGCGUGAUCUUUUCACUAAUGAGUUGAACGACUGGAACUCCUUAUCACAAUUCGAAAGUAAAGAAGGAGAUUUGUACAGUAAUUUGAAUGAUGACCUCAAGAUCUUGAACAAAAUAUUGGAGGCCCAUACCAUAAUUGAUCAAAUCCAAGACAAACCUGAAAAUUAUGGGGAUACCUCAAAGGAAAAUUUUGCACCUUUGGAGAAAGCUAUCAUUCAAAGUAUUGCAAAUGCUUCUAUAACUGCGGAUGUGACGAGAAUGAAUUCAUUUUAUUCAAAUAUACUCAUUGUUGGUGGCACUUCUAAGAUUCCCGCUCUGGAUUUUAUUUUAACGGAUAGAAUCAACAUUUGGAGACCUUCCUUAUUGAGCUCGGCAUCAUUUCCACAGUUUUACAAAAAGUUGACCAAGGAGAUUAAAGAUUUGGAAAGUCAUUUCGUCAAUGCGCCCGACAAGACGGAAGAAGAGAACAAACAAGUUAUGCAAUCACAAAUUAAAGAUAAAGUUGUAGCAGAGCUCGAUGAACAGCAUCAAAAUAUUGAAAACCAAAAUGGUAAUGAACAUCUUUUUCCAGUAAGCAUUAUUCCUCCACCGCGGGACAUGAAUCCUGCCUUGAUAAUUUGGAAAGGCGCCAGCGUCUUAGCGCAAAUAAAACUUGUUGAAGAGCUGUUUAUUACAAAUAACGACUGGGACGUUCAUGGGAGUAGGAUCUUACAGUAUAAAUGUAUUUUCACGUAUUAG